AUAGAAGCUGCUUUCUUUUUGGUUCUUCACCAAACAGAGCCGUUACUGGCGAAAGACCUAAAACCUUUGCCACUGUUCUCUGUCCCUCUCAUACUGCGCCUUGAUCGAAAAAUGGACAAGAAAAUAAUUUCAGACUUGGAUAAUUUCCCUGAAGAAGAUAAGCAAAGAAUGUCCACCGUUGUAGACCAGCUCCAGUUCCGAGACAGUCUAAGGAUGUAUAAUUCAGUAGUGGAGAGAUGCUUCAACGAAUGUGUCAAUGCAUUUUAUCGAAAAUCCCUUACCAAGCAAGAGGAAACUUGUGUUCUCAGAUGUGCUCAAAAGUUCUUGAGUCUUUCAACGCAAGUUGGUUUGAGAUUUUCAGAUCUCACACAAGAAGCAUCUACAACAGAUAAAGGUGCAGAAAGUAAACUUGAUUGUUGAGGGCAUGCAACUAAUUGAGUUAAUUCUCAGCAGAGAGUUGUUACUGUGAAUUGCUAAUUUGCAUUGACUUAUACAGAGUCAAUUUCGGCGUAUACUAUAAAUGAAAAAGAAUAGAGUAAAAAAAGUAAUAUUAGUUCUUUAAGACGCAAAAGAAACUGCGACGUGAGAGGUUAGGAUCAAAAUACAUCACAUAUGUGGAACCUAUUAAUGGUAGAAAAUAAAUUGAUGUCUUCAUAUUGA